AUGGAAACAAGAUCUGCCAAGAGACGGAAGCUUCGUAGUCACGAACAUUCAUGGGGAAACAACACCGGCGAAGAUCGCAUCACUGAUCUACCCGAUGCCAUUCUUCAUCACAUUUUCUGCCUUCUUCCCAUCAAAUCCAUCGUACAAACAAGCAUCUUAUCGAAACGAUGGAGGAAUCUCUGGUACACAUUCCCUGAUCUUGAUUUCACCACCAUCAUCCCAUCUGGAACUGCUUUAACAAAGUUCGUUUACUGGAAUAACCUUGGCAAGGUUAUCACCCAGGUUUUAUCUCUUCGCGAUAAGCUAUCUGAUGUGAGAAUCCUUCGUUUCUACGCCUGUAUGAGUUUUUCUGGGUUGCACGCACUCAUCCGUAGUGCCAUUAGGCUUCAUGUUCAAGAACUUGACAUCAGGGUUGCAACCAAUGAUACAUUUAACUUUCCUAGAAGCAUAAUUACCAGUGAUUGUUUGAGGGUUCUGAAGGUUAAAUCUUAUCCUGGUUUUAGGUUACCUCCAUCAAGGAUAAUGACAGCAGGGUUUCAAAAACUUCGAACAUUAUCACUUUCCUUCGUUUACUUAGACAAUCAAUCGUCUUUACUUGACCUGUUUACAGAUUGUGCAUUUCCACAGCUCACGAAACUGCACUUAGAUUCUUGUUUAAAUUUAAAACACCUUCGAGUGGGUUGUCAUUUACUAGAAGAACUAGUUCUAGAGAAUUGUUCUUCGUUACAAGGCUUGGAGAUUGCGUCUCAUAAAUUAGAGACAUUAAAGGUUUCAAGUUGUUUCGAUGCUUUUAAUAUCAAUAAUACUUGGCUUCAAAUUGAUUCCCAGAGAUUGAACACCAUUGUAUGGGUGAAUAAUCCGAUUACUAGCAAGAGUUGUAUGCAGAAUAUAGUUUGCUUGCAUGAGGCUACUAUAGGGUUUCUUUUAAAUCAAGAAAAUCUUGAUGUAGAUAAGCUUCAAAACCUAUCUACUUUUCUUUCUGGACUGUCCAAUACCGAGUCUUUAACGCUGGAAAGCCGGUUUGUAGAGAUUAUGUUGAAGCACAAGCCUCUUGCGACAAUCUUUUUCCAUCCAUUCAUGAAGCUCAAAUCACUAGAACUUCAGACCAGAGAUGUUCUGGGUUUGGCAAGUAUACUCAAGAUAUGCCCUAUGAUCCACACACUAAUUAUUAAGAUUAGUCAUGAGGGUUACAAGGCCGAAAGACGAUGGAACAGACACUCGUGGAAUUUAUCUAAGUACUCUCGGGAAGAGAAGUUCUGGGACUCUCAUACCAAAGAUCUGAAAUCUCUACUUUGUUAUCUAAAGAUCGUAAAGAUUCAAGGCUUUUCUGAAUCCGAAAAUCACAUUAGUCUAGUUAAGUUUUUGCUCAAGCAUGCGAAGGUUUUGCAAUAUCUCAUUCUCUGUCUUGAAGACGAAAACUCGAGAGGUUACUAUCCACAUGAAAAUUUUAAAUCGCAUAUCAUGGGAUUCUCCAGAGCUUCUAUUGAUGCCAAGCUAGAAUUUAGUUAA